AUGACAGACUUAGACAAGAUUAUUGCGUCACUGAGGGAGGGAAAACAUAUUCCUGAAGAAACUGUUUUCAAGCUAUGUUUAAAUUCGCAGGAGCUGUUGAUGAAUGAAGGUAACGUAACGCAUGUCGAUACGCCAGUUACAAUAUGCGGCGACAUACAUGGUCAAUUACACGAUCUACUAACGCUUUUCGAGAAGAGCGGCGGUGUGGAGAAGACAAGAUAUAUAUUUUUGGGGGAUUUUGUAGAUAGGGGAUUUUACUCAUUGGAAAGUUUUCUGCUUUUAUUAUGUUACAAAUUAAGAUACCCUGAUAGAAUUACUCUGAUUAGAGGAAACCACGAAACUCGACAAAUCACCAAAGUGUACGGAUUCUAUGAUGAAGUGGUAAGGAAAUACGGUAGUAGUAACGUGUGGAGGUAUUGCUGUGAAGUGUUUGACUACCUAUCAUUAGGUGCAAUAAUAAACAAUAGCAUAUUUUGUGUUCAUGGUGGGUUGUCACCAGAUAUGACCACCGUGGACGAAAUACGAACAAUUGAUAGGAAACAAGAAGUCCCGCAUGAAGGCGCUAUGUGUGAUCUAUUAUGGAGUGAUCCCGAAGAUGUCGACACAUGGUCAUUGUCACCGAGAGGCGCUGGGUUUCUCUUUGGUAAAAGAGAAGUUGACCAGUUCUUGGAAAAAAAUGGCGUAGAGCUGAUUGCCAGAGCCCAUCAACUAGUGAUGGAAGGCUAUAAAGAAAUGUUCGACGGUGGAUUAGUGACGGUGUGGUCGGCACCGAAUUAUUGUUACCGAUGUGGUAACGUUGCGGCUGUUUUGAAAAUAGACGAUGAUUUGAAUCGUGAAUAUACAAUUUUUGAAGCCGUUCAAGCGCAAAACGAAGUCGGCAAUGCUAUAAUACCAACUAAAAAAUCUCAAAUGGACUAUUUCUUGUAG